CAAGCUUUGAUAUGCAUUUUAACAUAGUAUAACAUAAUAUAGCCCAGAGAUAUCUUAACCAUACACAACAUAUUAGCUGCAUAGGGUCCAUUGUUAGGUAUCUUUCAGUUGAGCUUCUUAUUGCCUACCUAGGUCUCCAUGCAUCACUAAUCUGGCAUGGCCUUCUUGGUGGUAGCUCACCUCGAUCGGCUUGAUAGGUUCGAUACGUUCGAUAGUCCUACCCAUGCUUGCAACAAUACCUAACCCGUCUCCCCAAUGGCCAACCCAACUCCUCCUCUGACCACCGUCGUACCAGCUCAGCUAGGUUUUCUAGCAAUCUUCAAUCCAUCGCUAGGCACCACCGACGACACCAUUGACGACCAGAUCGUUUACUAUGCCUCCGUAAACACCCAGUCAAAGAAGCGACGGCAUCGCUCGCGCGGCAAACUUGCCGAUAUCAUAUCUCAGGAUGAACGGAACGAACGAUUACGGCAGAUUGGCCUGGCACAGGGAAUGGUCGAGUUCAGUCGUGGCUUCGCUGAUGGUAAACCCCUCGAUACUAUAGAAACGGAGAAGAGUCGCGUCGUGCUUCACGAACUCGAGCCUGGCUGGUGGAUAUUAGCUUCUAUUGACUUGACGAGACUACCCUUACCACCGAGAUUGGGAACUCCCUUGCCAAACCAGAAAGAUAACCGCUCCGAAAAUGUCGAGUUUUCCUCGCGGGAAGUCAAACCCACAGCCUUGCUCAUGCAAGAUCUGCUCCGCGCACAUUCUAUCUUCCUGUUACAUCAUGCCGCCUCCCUGAGUGCCUUGUUUGUCCGAUCACAGAGGUCUAGGUUUGUCAGCAUCUUGAGUCGGUACUGGGACCUUUUUCUAUCCACUUGGGAUGUCAUGUUACACGGCAACCCCGCUACCAACGUGUUUGGGGGAAUUAAAAUUGCUGCGUGCGGCGAGCUUGGCGUUGGUGUGGGGGAAGAAGACCGGGGGAGUGGUGAGAGAGAGGUGCUCGAGGGUUUUGUUGAUAGAGUCGAAGGCUUGCUUGACUUGGUCGUUUCCAAAUUUGGUCCUUCCGAAUCUGACGGCGGCGAGGAUCCCUCAAAUAACCCCAAAUCGGCCAAUGAUCCCUUGCUAAAAUGGCUUGGAACUGGCGAAGAGCCAGGGGCCGAGGACGGUGCUAUUUUUCUAGGCGUCGGGACUCUAUCGAAAAAUUCGCUCCGUGAUAUCACCCAUUGGAUGGAGGAUAUUUACGCUUGGGGCGAGGAUGCCUACGGAGUUAGAGAUAGCCCAGCCUCGAUACGCCAGACUAGAAAAUCGAGGAAGCCCAGCAUUAAGCAUACGCGAGGGACCUCCAAAGUAGCUCCCGAGGCUCAAGGCUCAAUCGAUACACCCCGAAGAGGCUCCCAAGGCCAAUCUUCCGCUCCAGAUACAUCAGGAACGGCGUCUCCGAGUAACGGAGAAGAAGUGACGGACGAUAGUGGCGUUAACAGGUUUAUGUCUUACUUUAAGAUGGGUUACGGCACUCACUGGACAUUAGGUGGUGCCGGGGGAGUUGGCCCAGAUGGGGCGGCACUGGGAGACGCGACUAAGAAGGAUAUAUAUCCGUCCAAAGCGCUUAGCAUUGAUUCGGGUCAGUAUCUUAUUGGACUCCUAGGAGACGUUGAUGAUACUGGUACUGCCGAGCAAGACGAAAGUAGAGAAGAGUCUGACCAACCAUUCGAGCAAGCUGAGUAUAACUCGAGAGUCUUGCUGCGGACUCUUACUGUAGAGCUCGAGAAUGGAAAUCGCACUGAAGAUGAGAUGAGUAGGGACCUUGGGGGCCAAGACAGAAAGCCAUCAGCGACAAGCUCUAGUCAAAAAGGUUCACUAGAGUCAGCACCGUUCGAAAGUCAAGAUCGGAACAAAACCGAAAAAGUACGAGUGGUGGUAUACGUCCAUAAACCCUUCAUAUAUACAUUUCUUUUCCGUAACAGGACCGAUUCCUUGGCCUGGGAUGGCUUGUACCGAUCACUGCACCAGCAGCUUGUGCCUCUUCGAAACCCUCUGGCUACAUCGACAGCCUACCGUCCCGGAAGACCAGAUAUUGGUCCGGUAGGAUCCCACAUUUUUGACCUCAUUUGGGAUCCAGAAGCUAUGACAGUACAUUCCACUAUUCCAAGCAUACCUACACUGGGACAGGCAGUACAAGAAAACACCCGAUCAGUCUGGUCACGUAUCGAGGCAAUCAAUACUCACAAUCAGAUUCUCAAUACGUAUAUUGCAACAUUGUCGAAUUCGGCCGAGUUAGAGCGCACCUGCAAGACUAGUCGCGGCUGGUGGAUCGUAUGGACACGCAUUAUGGAAAAGGACAAUUCUCCGCCUCCUACACGAUCACACGGCUCUUCAGAUGCUGGUCAAGCUGAAAGCCUGCGUCAUAGCAAAUCAGUCAAUAGCCUAAGCUCCCGGUACAGUCAGGUAAAGGAUACGCAACAUAGAGAGAAAGUCAGCAAAGAGAUUUUCCUCAUCCGCCGGGCGGGCGAGCAUACCAGGCUUAGAGGAUUGAGUAGCUCGUAUGCGGAAGGGGGCGGUAGCUGGACAGAAGGAGCGAGUCGUCUUGCCCAGGGCAUUGGCGUGGAUACGAGAAAGUACAUUGAAGGAUUAUUGAGUCUAGGUCGAUAAAGGGAUCUCGUUCUGUGGCGUUUGGUCUUUCUAGCAUCGGUGCAAAUCGGAGCGACACGGGUUGUAGGUUAAGGGAAUCAAGACCGAGUAAGAGAGGUUAGGUGGGGUUAUGGGUUCUACAUGGAUAAGGAAAGAUUUUCAGCAUUAAGGAGUCGUGCUUCAACAAGGCUCCUGUUAUAGUGAGGUGGUUUAGAUGAGGGUUUGCCUUGAGAUAAAAGCCUUACAGGAGGCUUGCUUGGGGAUACUUGUGAUUGAUUCUCGAAUGUGUUUCUAUGAUUUUGAGUCUAUGGGACGCAUCAAGUUGUAGUUCGAGUAUCUUGGAUCCCUGGGGGAAAUCUAUGAGAAAAUGAAAUGAAAUUUAAAAUAAA